GUGGCCUUGAGUCUCCGAGUCACACAUCAAGAAAUAAAUGGUUCCGGAAAAAGCACAGGAGUGCUGGAAAAACAUCAACCUCAGCCUCCAUCACUGAGCAAAAGCAGCAGAUGAACAAGGUCGAUGAACUGACCCUUCAGCUUCAGAUGAUGACCAAUGAGAGGAAUGAACUUCGUGCAAUCCUGGCCAAUUAUACCAACAAUGAUUUGAACAACAGGCUGAAUUCUGAGCUUGAGGAGCUGAAAAUGGAUCAUCAGAAGGAGAUGUCAGAGCUAGAGAAAUUCCCCAAGGAAAUUAAUGAGGCCUCUUCCAAGUGCAAGGAGCUGACUGAGAAGAUCAACUCCUACCGCACCCUCCACAGCCGGCUUCUGGGGGAAUGGACACAGAUGAAGGAAAAAGUGGGCAUGUUGAAUGAAGACAAAAGAAAGCUGCAGGAGGAGCAGAUUUUCCUGCAAGAGUCCUGUGAGAAAACAAGGAGGCUCUGUGAGGAGGCCCAGGAGAAGAUCUAUAACCUCUGGACCAAGCAGCAGCAGGAACAACAAAGACUGGAGAAACAUCUUCAUUCCCUACUGAAGCCGAAGGAACUGGUUACCCAGCAGAAGGACUCGGCAGUAAAGCUGCAGCAUCACUUCACUGAGUCCCAGACGAGGUCUGAACAUCUCCAGCAUGAACUGGAAGAGACCACAGCCCAGGAGGAGAGCCUCCUGCAGAUGGAGCUGCUGCAGCAGGAGCGCUAUGUGCCAGCACCUCUUAAGAGAACUGAGAAGGCUGGAGGAAGCCAGAGACACCUUGAAGGCAUGACAUUCUACACUCCAGGAUCCAGGCCUCCUCUGAAAAAGCCAUGUCCUUUCUUCUGUGAACUCAGCAGUGAGGAAAAUAUCAACCAAUCAUCAGAGGAUCCAGUCACAAUCUGAUCCACCUCUGUUGGCUCACAUCCAGAGAAAAGACUGCAUCAGAAAUAAGCUUGAGAUUUAGAGGACACCCCACAAAUUACACAGAAGCCUAACAUCCAUCACCAAGUGGCCCCAGUGUGGGAAAAACAACAUGGAGGGAAUUAUGUGGGUGAGCAAGAGUUAAUCUGUCAGCUACUGUCAAGGGCUUUGGCAAGCUGACUCCAUAUGUGAUGUAGAAUCUGACAAGGAAGACUCUGUCACACUGCUAUCCAGACAGACCACACCCAAAGUCUAAGAUUCUCUCUCUAGUGCAGAGCUGACGCUGACCCCAUAUCACGUACAAGUGUUGGUGAUGAUAAUUCCCUACAGAGACUAAUCCACUUCCUCUUGUCUCGUGUUAUUGAUUCCAAAGGAAAAUGGGAAUUUUGCUUAAUUUUGUUUGGUUGGUUGUUUUUGUUAUGUUUUAGAUUGUUUUGGUUUGGUUUAUAUA